CUUCACUUGUGGCGGCUUUUCAGAGCUAUUAAGAAGGCCUUUCCGUCUCGUGAUGUUGCUCGUGCUUUGGUUGGUUGUAUUUGUCAUUGAAACACCAUAUGGUGCGUCCACAAUAGAACAGUACUUGCAAUUCAUCCCUGUUAGUGGAGUUAGACAUGACAUCUUUUUCUAUGAACAUCCUGGUCUGCGAAAUCCCAUUGAAAUAGAUGCCACUAUUAAACAGCAAGUUCGCAUCAGGAUUGUAGAACAUCUGAACGAGCUUCCUGUAUUAAGAAUUCAUUGUGUUGUUGCUGCCCUCGAUUCGACUCAUGAACUCGUCUCUGCUUACUUAUGUCGCAGGAAGUCUACGCACGAUUCGGAUGAAUGCAUUGAUCCUAAAACAAGAAAUGUUAUUUUCGGUCGGGUUGAGUUUAGCGCUAAUGGCAAUAGAUCUUCAGGCUACACGUUUUCUUCUAGGCUACCUGUUAAAGAUGAACUACUUGACGGCUUUUACUUCUGCAAGUAUCAUAACCGGAAUGGAGAGCUAAUUUCAAAUUUCAUUGAAAUACAGGAUGCGUAUUACUAUCACAAACGUAUGGUUAGACGACCUGUAAAGCAAACUGAAUAUUUACCUCCUUUAUCUAUCAAUGAUCUUCCCUUGAGUCUGGAAUGCGGACAAACUCAAGUAUCUGAAGAGUUGCCAAGUUGGGCUGAUGCAGCGUUCCCCAGUCCGUUUAUGUGGUCAUUUUGUGAUGUAGACAGCCCUGAUGGUAUACAGUCUGCUGGGUGCAUGCGUAGAGUUCGUCAAACAUCUACUCAUGUUACAAAUUAUUUUGAAAGUUAUGUCUCUCCGAACGGUACUUUGGUGUUAUACAAGCGCACAACGUCAGCAUGGAAAGAUAUGGGUUUAGUGUGCUGGAGCCACUUGGACUCCUCAGCUGUUUAUUCUACCUAUUUUGGUGGUUCAAGUGAGCGGCCUAAGUUGUUGACUUAUGACUCCAAUAUACCAUUCGUUGGUAGUGGAAUUACUGUAUUAUCACCCCUCACACAAAGGAUUACUGUUCGAAUUGGGCCACGAACUGGUCUCAAGUUAGUCACUAAGUAUCGAUCUACUCCAGAGUACACGACUGUUAAAUGGACCAAAGACGGCAGAAGAAUUCCACCUGAUUUUCCAGGACACAGUGAUUAUCUCUUGAAGUUUCCUGAUCUCAUUCGCCGAGAGCACUCUGGGACUUACAAUUUACUUGUGGAAAAUGGGAAUGAUCAAGUUAAUUUUCAGUUCAUAGUGAGUGUAGUCGGUCCACCUGAAGUGAUACGUGCUCCUCCACCUUUACUUUUAGUGAUGGAGGGAGAAAAUGUUACAUUUAGCUGUCAGUUGGAUUCGUUUAUAACGGAGUCUUUAGAAAUCAAUGGCCUACCUUACCAACCGAAUCCUACUAAUUUUCGUACUGAACUAAGAGAUCAAUAUCCGUACUUAAAAGAUGCUUUAAUACAACCAUUGCAAAAAAAUGGUCAUAUUUUAACUUAUUCAGCCUAUAAUUUGCUGUUUACACCUGGUAGUAAAGUUGGACCGACUCAUACUGUCAGCUUGGUUGGGAAAAAUGAAUAUGGCUUGGCUCGAGUAUCCACUCUUGUCAGAGUACUACCCCGAAUAAACAUCUUGAAGGCUCCAAAAGACUACUCAUGUACUACCGAUUGCUUAAACACUAUUUCACAUGCAUUCGAUUGCGUUAUCGAUACGGAUCCUUAUCAGUCUACUUACUUUGUACAAACAUGGGAAUUAAAUGGCAUUCCUGUGUCGAAAAUGACAAAAGAUUAUCAACAGUCAAAAUUUAUUAAAACAGAAGACACAAAGUUGAUAAUCACACCCGUUGAUGAUCCGUCCUUAACUGUAUUGUUCCGAAAAGUGAAUGUGACGUGCCGUUGGCGUAUCUUUUAUCCGCAUGUGACUUCUCGUAUUGCAGAUCUGGAUACAAGACUUUUGGAACCGAAUAUGAAGGUGUAUGAUUCUCAUGAGGAUGCAAAAAUCCGUCCACUUAUGACAGCAGCGUUGGAUCUACAAGUGGAUCAUGACCCAACUCCGGCAUCAGCUAACAUAUCUUGGAUAACAGCUGUGAUUAUCGGUAUACUUGUUAUAAUUGCGAUCGGAGUUCUAACUGCUUGUUUGGUCAUGAGAUUCCGUGGAGAAACUUAUAUGCUGGAUCGUGAAGAACGUGCUCUUGGAAAUGAUCCAGAAAAAGAACUACGUGAAAAAGAAGCAUUUCAAACCUAUGAAAGAGCGUAAGUUUCCUUUUUGUUUCUCCGAAUGAUUUUUCUGUUCAGUUUCAGUAGUACUAAUAAAUUUAGUGGAAAUUUUAGUUUUUUCAGACUGCAACGUAUUUCCACGUGUAUGCGUGGUUUUUUAAGAAAACUACCCUGAAAAAUGUCAUUUCUUUCCAUUGAUUAGUGUUUAAAUCAAUUCGAUGCGUCGGUGUUUGACAAAACAUCGGAAUAGAUACAAAGAGCUUUUUUGGUUUUCACUAAAUUGCAUCCUUUGUGGUACACUGCAGAUGUCAUUCUGCUUCUCAAGUGAUGAACAUUUUGUAAUUAAAACCGCCGUGAUCUACUUUAUGGCUGUUGUGAAAUAUGGUCUUUGAAGUUAUUUGACAUGCACAGGUAUCACGCUUUUGACUACAGAUAUCUUCGAAGCAUUACUCACAUUUACUGGAGUCUCAUUGUGAUUUAUGCUGAAAUUAGACUUCGGGUUCUGGGUAGAAAUGCCAAAACGAUCAAUGAUGUAAAAGUAGCCAUUAAGGUGGUUAUGACAAAUGCAGCCCAAGUCCCACUUACAUCUUACGCUGACGUUGAUUAGUAAAGGAUUAUAUUGUAGGAAUAUUAGAAGCAACUAAGUUAGCACAUUGUAUCCGACAAUUAGGUUAUGGACUAUUGAAAUAAGUACUGUUGUUUGUAUUUGAGUCGACCUAAAUCCCACCCUAUCUGUUUUAGUUUGAGGACCUAGAUGGUAUUGAUCCUCCUAACAAACGUUGCUGAUCGCUUACAUAAUUCUACGCGGUUAAUCAAUGUAUUUAUUAUUUUAAAACUCUUUGGGAAAUGCGUUAAAUAAUGGCACCGUGUUUUAUUUUUUAUUCGAAUAAAUUAUUAUCCUUAGUGCACUUUUGAAGUAUAUUUUUUAUUGUGUACUUUCAAAGGUUUGUAAGCAGUCGAUAAAAAUCCAUUUUAAGCAGUUGCGAUGUGGGCAUAUGGUUAGAUAAAAAUUUUCUAACUAAAUCGGUUAUUUUGUUUUAGAGAAGAACCGCCACUUCGAGGCAGUCGUUGUUCAUUAAAUGAUGACAGUGCUGAAAUUGGCAGUGAUGGAGAUGGUGAACUAGACGAUUAUAAUCUUGAUCCUGGUAAAUUCAAUGAAGAAGGCUCUUUCAUUGGGGAAUAUGCAACAGAGAGACACAAGGGCCCAUCAAAUCGUUUACCAACUCUUGAUCGAAACUACAAUCCAACAGUUUAAAUAAAGUAACACAAUUCUUGCCAAAUUUCCCGUCCCAUUUUUAUUUGUUAAGUUGAUUUUUACCGGAUCAAAUUGGGGAAAUCAAUUCUUGAAAUUAACCAAGUGGUAAACAAGCAGAUUAUUUCUCAACUUUUUCUCUCACCUGAGAAUCACAAUAUUCAAUUCAUUCCUCAUUCCCUUUAAAAUUCACAAUUUAAGAUAUCUAUCUCAUUGGAUUAACUUAGUUUGUUUCAUUAUGUGUACUUACUCUUUUUUAUUGUUUAAUGUUUCCCAUCUAGUUUGAAAACGGGGAACGUUCUUUAAUCUUACAUUUCCUUUUUACGAAAAAUAAUUCCCUCUUUUGUUUACUUUCUCCUUCUUCGUUACUCCUGCUGAAUCUCAUUGUCAUCUCCUUUUUUGGAUCUGCUUUCUUUUAUCGCAUAUUUUGUUUUUAAAAAAAAAAAGAUUAAAAAGAGCAAAAGCUUACAUCAUCAGUAUAUUCCAAAAUAACGCAUCAGCUAGUCCUAGGAUUCUUUCGUUUUCUUGUUAAAAAAACAUAUGCAUUAUUCUUACUAAUUUACACAGCUGCUGUUUUAUGAUAAACACAACGAAAAAGGACAAUUUGUAUUUAUUGUUUUGUUUUUUCCUCCUCAAUUAUACCUAUGUCAUCUGACUGCUGUUAAAAAUGCUUUUAUUUAAAUGAUUUUUCUAUUCUGCAGGACUUAUUAUUAAUAUUAAUCAUUGUAAUGUUCAAUUAUUGUAUUAACUAUUCAUGCCUAUAUGUGUACUGUUUUUAUAAUUGUUUGUCUGUAUUAUUACUUGUCAACUGUAUCUCGACUUUUGUGCAUUACUGUAUUGUAUUAGAUGGAUGCUUCUUUUCUAUAUAAUACGUUAUUUGGUUUAAAAAGUGUUUUAAUAUUGACCAUUUGUUGUGUCAGUCUACAUUUUUUUCAUUGUCAUUAUUUAACCAUCAUAUAUAUAUAUAUAUAUAUAUAUAUAUAUAUAUAUAUAUAUAUAUAUAUAAUCUGACAUCUGUUCGAUCUCAUAUGUUAUGUACAUACACGUUUUGUGUAUGUACACAUACCAACACUGAUGUAUGCUACAGUGAUUGUUGUUUUAUACAUUACUACUACGACUUUUACAUGAACUAUUAAGUUUAAUACGAAAAAUUACUUAUAUAUAUCACCUUAGUUUACUUAACAAAUUUCACUUUUUUUUCAACCAAAAUACAAACUUUUGUUUAUUUUUUACAUCCAUUUGUUUUUUUCCGUUUUUAUGCAAAUUGUUAAAUACUGUCUUUUAACUUUUUGUUGUUAUUUUGUUCUUUAAAGAUUAAAUGAUUAUUAAUGCUUUUUUUGUAUACUAUUGAUGUAUGCUUUUUCAAUAGUUUCUGUAUAACCUAUGUCUAAAUAAGAAAUAUAUAUUUAUA